GCCAUGUAUGAGUAUGAAGACAGUGGUAUGAUUCCGCAGGUCACCGCAGCACCUUCCCAGAAAGAAAAAAGACAAUGAUGAGACCACACCUUAUGAACUUGUUGACGGCCGCGCCAUCUUCAUGCUCCCAGAAGGGUCAUCGGCAUCGACGAAGCCACCUUGGGCUCGGAGGAGUCGGAUGUCCCCAUGCAGUAACUUUGAUUACUGCUUUACCGAAGAGACAGAGGAGAAAACCCUUGAAAUGGGGACGUUGGAAACACCCGAAAUGGGGAAGUUGGAAACACCCUUUUUGAUUGCUGCAAAAAAUGGUGUGAUUGAAAUGGUGGAGGAGAUCCUUGAAUUUUUUCCGGUGGCCAUCCGGGACAUUAACGCAGAGGGAAAGAACGCGGUUUUGUUAGCUGCAGGGAACAGGCAACUAUGUGUGCUCCAACUCUUACUGAAGAGAAAAAUACUGACCAGAGACGUGUUCAGCCAAGUGGAUAAUGCAGGGAAUAAUGCGAUUCAUCUCUCAGCAGCAGCAAUGUUAGAAGCCAAAAACCCUUGCCAUGAUCUUGGGCCUGCGUUACAAAUGCAAUGGGAAAUCAAAUGGUUUGAGUUCGUAAAAUGCUCCCUGCCAACACAAUUCCUUCCCCUCUACAACAAAAAAAACCAGACUGCAAGGGAUAUUUUCAGCGAAUCACACGCUAAGCUAGUCAAAGACGGAGGAGAAUGGCUCACCAAGACUUCUCAGAACUGCUCGGUCAUGGGCGGCCUUGUCGCUACGGUUGCCUUUGCCACUGCUACUGCAGUUCCUGGGGGCAUCAGAGAGGUUACUGGCACUCCAAUCUUUGAAAACCAGGCGGCUUUUGAGGUGUUUGCCAUCUCAUCUCUCCUUGCGAUGUGCUCCUCCGUCAUGUCCAUGGCCAUAUUCCUGUCCAUCCUGAUGUCCCGGUUCCCCGAAGGGGCUUUUGGAAAGCAGCUGCCUAUCAAGUUUUUAGUGGGCUUAACAACGCUCUUCUUGUCCAUCCUUUCGAUGCUGGUUUCAUUUUGCGCUGGACAUUUCUUCAUGCUAAAGGAUAAGCUCAAACACUUUGCCGUGCCAGUUUAUCUAAUGGCCUGCAUGCCUCUAGCUUUUUUUUCUAUCAUCCAGCUUCCACUCUAUUUUAAUCUGAUAUAUAUGAACUUUGCAAAGGUUCCAUACUUCUAUCGGAACGCCGAGGCUACAGGGUAG